AUGGCACCCAAGGCAGCUCAGAAGACCCCCACCACUGGCGGCAAGGCCCCCGCCGCUGGCAAGGCUCCCGCUGAGAAGAAGGAGGCUGGCAAGAAGACCGCCGCCCCCUCCGGUGACAAGAAGAAGCGCACCAAGACCAGAAAGGAGACCUACUCCUCUUACAUCUACAAGGGUACGCCACCUCUACUUCCACUUCAUCCGAAUCGCGUCUUUUCCUUGAUCGCAUCACUUUGCUUCAUCGAAUCGGCCUUUUCGCAUCAGCAAAUCGCGUCUUUUCGCUUUCCUUUUACGUGUUUUGGACUUUCACUGACGCGUCUUUCACAGNUCCUCAAGCAGGUCCACCCCGACACUGGUAUCUCCAACCGUGCCAUGUCCAUCCUGAACUCCUUCGUCAACGACAUCUUCGAGCGUGUUGCAACCGAGGCUAGCAAGCUCGCUGCUUACAACAAGAAGUCGACCAUCUCUUCGCGUGAGAUCCAGACCUCGUACGUCUUCAAUCAGUCUCAUCUCUCACUCUCACUUUCUGACUCUCAUCCANGCGUCCGUCUCAUCCUCCCCGGUGAGCUUGCCAAGCACGCCGUCUCAGAAGGCACCAAGGCCGUCACCAAGUACUCUUCCUCCACCAAGUAA